UCUGUUUCGCCCGCCCGCCGCCGCCGCUCCGGAUGAGGUGAUGGCAACGGCUAACUUCGGCAAGAUCCAGAUCGGGAUUUACGUGGAAAUCAAGCGCAGCGAUGGCCGAAUACACCAGGCAAUGGUGACAUCAUUAAAUGAAGAUAAUGAAAGUGUCACAGUCGAGUGGAUAGAAAAUGGAGACACAAAAGGAAAAGAGAUUGACUUGGAAAGCAUCUUUUCACUUAACCCUGACCUUGUACCUGAUGAAGACAUUGAGCCAAGUCCAGAAAUACCUCCACCUUCCUCAUCCUCAAAAGUAAACAAAAUUGUAAAGAACCGACGGACUGUGGCAUCUAUUAAGAACGACCCUCCCCCCAGAGAUAAUAGAGUGGUUGGUUCAGCACGCGCACGGCCUAGUCAACUUCCUGAGCAGUCAUCUUCCGCACAACAGAAUGGUAGCGUUUCAGAUAUAUCUCCAGUUCAAGCUGCAAAAAAGGAGUUUGGACCUCCUUCACGUAGAAAAUCUAAUUGUGUGAAAGAAGUAGAAAAAUUGCAAGAAAAACGAGAAAAAAGAAGAUUGCAACAGCAAGAACUUAGAGAAAAAAGAGCCCAGGAUGUCGAUGCCACAAAUCCAAAUUACGAGAUUAUGUGUAUGAUCAGAGACUUCAGAGGGAGCUUGGACUAUAGACCCCUCACAACAGCUGAUCCUAUUGAUGAACAUAGGAUAUGUGUUUGUGUAAGAAAACGACCACUCAAUAAAAAAGAAACUCAGAUGAAAGAUCUUGAUGUCAUCACAAUCCCUAGUAAAGAUGUUGUGAUGGUUCAUGAACCCAAACAGAAAGUAGACUUAACAAGGUACUUAGAAAACCAGACAUUUCGUUUUGAUUAUGCCUUUGAUGACUCAGCUCCUAAUGAAAUGGUUUACAGAUUUACUGCCAGGCCACUGGUGGAAACAAUAUUUGAAAGGGGCAUGGCUACCUGCUUUGCUUAUGGGCAGACUGGAAGUGGGAAAACUCACACUAUGGGUGGUGACUUUUCAGGAAAGAACCAGGAUUGCUCUAAGGGAAUUUAUGCAUUAGCAGCUCGAGAUGUGUUUUUAAUGCUGAAGAAGCCAAACUAUAAGAAACUAGAACUCCAAGUAUAUGCAACAUUUUUUGAAAUUUAUAGUGGAAAGGUGUUUGACUUACUAAAUAGGAAAACAAAGUUAAGAGUCCUAGAGGAUGGAAAGCAGCAGGUGCAAGUGGUAGGGCUGCAGGAACGGGAGGUCAAGUGUGUGGAAGACGUUCUGAAGCUCAUCGACAUCGGCAACAGCUGCAGAACAUCUGGUCAGACAUCUGCAAAUGCACACUCAUCUCGGAGCCAUGCAGUGUUUCAGAUCAUUCUUAGGAGGAAGGGGAAACUACAUGGUAAAUUUUCUCUCAUCGACCUGGCUGGGAACGAAAGAGGAGCUGAUACAUCCAGUGCAGACAGGCAAACCAGGCUUGAAGGUGCUGAAAUUAAUAAAAGCCUUUUAGCACUCAAGGAGUGCAUCCGAGCCUUAGGUAGAAAUAAACCCCAUACUCCUUUCCGAGCAAGUAAACUCACUCAGGUGUUGAGAGAUUCCUUCAUAGGUGAGAAUUCUCGCACUUGCAUGAUUGCCACGAUCUCUCCAGGAAUGGCAUCCUGUGAAAACACUCUUAAUACAUUAAGAUAUGCAAAUAGGGUGAAAGAACUGACUGUGGAUCCAACUGCUGCUGGUGAUGUCCGUCCAAUAAUGCACCAUCCACCAAGCCAGAUUGACGACCUAGAGACACAGUGGGGGGUGGGGAGUUCCCCUCAGAGAGAUGAUCUGAAACUUCUUUGUGAACAAAAUGAAGAAGAAGUUUCUCCACAGUUGUUUACUUUCCACGAAGCCGUCUCCCAGAUGGUAGAGAUGGAGGAACAGGUUGUGGAAGACCACAGGGCAGUGUUCCAGGAAUCCAUUCGCUGGAUAGAAGAUGAAAAGGCUCUCCUAGAGAUGACUGAAGAAGUAGACUAUGAUGUAGACUCAUAUGCUACACAACUUGAAGCUAUUCUUGAGCAAAAAAUAGACAUUUUAACUGAGUUACGAGAUAAAGUGAAAUCUUUUCGUGCAGCGCUACAAGAAGAAGAACAAGCCAGCAAGCAGAUUAACCCCAAGAGACCCCGAGCCCUCUAAGUUGGUAUUUGCUACUAAAGGAUCCCCGGAAUCCCCAAUACUGUAACACAUGGUGGUCCAACUGUAAAGGCCACUUGAACGUUUUUGAAAUCUUAAGUGUGUGGAAAAUAUCUUGUCCUUCAUCUGAAUGACAUUUCAAUUUUGUGAAACACUCCUUUGUCUACAAAAUGCUUCUAGUCCAAGAGGCACAACUAACAAUUCGGAUUAGUGAAGUAUUUUGUUUCAUUUACCCAAAUAGUGAUUGCUUUUGGAUAUCCUUGCCAAUUUUAUUUAAAGGUUGUGGAAGUAAUCCAGAAGUGGAAAAUAGGGGAAACCACAGAAUUUCCUUUAACUCAGAUCAAUUUUGGUAGCAAGACUGAGCAGUUUUGAGUCCUUUGCGUGCAUGCAUACCUCAUCAGUGAUGUACAUACUUCGCCUACUCCUAGGGCCAGUUGUGGUUACUCAUCCUUCUGUGCCUUCACUAAGGCUAUCGACUCCAGGCUUCUGAAACACAGCCACGAGAAGUACAUUCCUUGUUUGUAACUGUAAAUUACCUUUAUUGCGUGUACAUUUUUACUGUAUUUGAGACUUUUUGUGUGUGACUAGUUACUUUUGCAGGAUGUGCCAUAUCAGUUGAACGGAACUAAAGCCUGUGACAGUGGACAUAGCUGCUGGACCACUCCAUCUUAUGUGUAAAGAAAUCUGGAAUUAUGAUUUUAAUACCAUGACAUGUGAUUAUAAUUUUCUUAGCAUUUUCUUUGUAAAAAAAACUAAAAUAUAAACUAGUUGGUGUAUAAUAAAAAGUAAAGAAGUUCUGAGAGGAGUCUUAUCUUAGGAUAAUACAUAUAUGCAGUGUGUGUGCCAGUGGUGUUAACAAGACCCAUAGUGGAAUCUGGUCCUUAACGAUGCCGUUAUUUAAGCUGAGGUGUUUAUUAGCUCACCCAAAUUUAACGUACUGUUAAAGGAGACUGGUUUCUGAUGCAUGAACAUUUGUAUGUACAUGAAAGUAGUCCAUAAUACAAGUUAGAUAGCCAAGCAUAGAGUAUGUAACCAAGCCCUGAGAUGUGUUGAUGACUUACAAGGCAGGUCAUUCCAAGCUCCAUCUAAUACCUAGGAUGUGGUGGUUAUUUGGUGAGAAUCAUAUUUCACCUAUAGAUUGGUGGUAAAAUAGGCUACUCUUUAAAUGGCAGCACUCAUUUUUAUAGCUGCUCGUCUAAAAAAGAAAACUGGCCAAUUUUCAUGUAAAUAUUGUUUAAAGAUAUAUAUAUGUAUAUCUCUAGGAGUUUUCCCUUGGUUCCCCCUACAUAGUCCAGUAGGUGAACCAAAGAACCUCCCAUGGACCUCUUGAUUAACUCUAGGGAACCUACUGAUUGAGUAGGUGAACCAAGGGGAAAUCUAUGAAUAGAGUCAGUGAGCCAGAUUCUUUAUUCUCAUUCACUUGUCAUAAAUGAGAGGGUAGCUGUGAGGAAUCCUAACACCAUGGUCAAAAAGUUCUGUAAACAUGAAAUCUAAAGCAAAUGUAGAUUUUUUCACAAUAUGCUUAUUAAUAAAUGAAAUUUAUGAAAC